AUGCAAUAUUACAUGCGUCAAAAAUCAUAUGAGUAUAUGAAAAAUAGGUACUGCACAGUUUACAGACAUCGAUCACAUGACCAUGAUGCCUCAAGCCUGGAGCGCUAUGAAGGUGACGUAGGAGAGAAUGAAGAUCGUGAUGACAACGGGGAAGACCAUCCUGGCAGAGUGCAUGAUGAUGACGGCCCUGGGCUUGCCGACGUGCCAUCUCAAGGCGCGGGCCUUUCCCACCUGGAAGUAAGCGCUUGUGUCACUUGGAGGGCGGGGUUUGGGAGUUGGGGGUUUGGAGUGCAGGGUGCAGUGCAGGGGUUUGGGGUGCAGGGGGGUUUGGGAGUGCAGGGGUUUGGCAGGGGUUUGCAGGGGUUUGGGAGUGCAGGGGUUUGGGAGGCAGGGGUUUUGGGAGGCAGGGGUUUGGGAGUGCAGGGGGGUUUGGGAGUGCAGGGGUUGGGAGUUUUGGGAGUGCAGGGUUUGGGAGUGCAGGGGUUUGGGAAGUGCAGGCAGGUUUGGGAGUGGCAGGGAUUUGGGAGUUUUGGGAGGGCAGGGGUUUGGGAGUGCAGGGUUUGGAGUGCAGGGGGGAGUGCAGGGAUUUGGGAGUGCAGGAGUGCAGGGAUUUGGGAGUGCAGGGUUUGGAGUGCAGGGAUUUGGAGUGCAGGGGUUUGGGAGUGCAGGGGUUUGGGAGUGCAGGGAUUUGGGAGUGCAGGGUUUGGGUUGGGAAGUGCAGGGAGUUUUGGGAGUGCAGGGGUUUGGGAAGUGCAGGGGUUGGGAGUGCAGGGAUUUGGGAGUGCAGGGGUUUGGGAGUGCAGGGAUUUUUUGGGAGUGGCAGGGAUUUGGGAGUGCAGGGAUUUGGGAGUGCAGGGGUUGGGAGUGCAGGGGUUGGGAGUGCAGGGAUUUGGAGUGCAGUUUGCAGGGGUUUGGGAGUGCAGGGUUUGGGAGGCAGGGAUUUGGAGUGCAGGGUUUGGGAGUGCAGGGGUUUUGGGUGCAGUUUUGGGAGUGCAGGGGGUUUGGGAUGCAGGGGUUUGGGGUGCAGGGGUUUGGGCAGUGCAGGGGUUUGGGAGUGCCAGGGGUUUGGGAGUGCAGGGAGUGGCAGGGUUGGGAGUGCAGGGAUUUGGGAGUGCAGGGAUUUGGGAGUGGCAGGGUUUAGGGGGUUUGGGGUGCAGGUUUUGGAGUGCAGGGAUUUUGGGAGUGCAAGGGGUUUGGGAGCAGGGGGGUUUGGGAGUGCAGGGAUUUUGGAGUGCAGGGGUUUUGGGAGUGCAGGGGUUUUGGAGUGCAGGGCGGGAGUGCAGGGAUUUGGGAGUGCAGGGGUUUGGGAGUGCAGGGAGUUGGGAGUGGUUUUGGGGAGUGCAGGGAUUUGAGAGGAUGAAUAUUACAAUUUUGUCAAAUUUGAAGAAAUACAGCCGAGACAAAAUAUCAAUGACAAAGUGUGUAAAUGUUUAA